CUCAUUUACCUUGUUAACAUCCUCCAUAUAAGCCUGGUUUUCUUUGUUUUGUUUGCUGGUUGAUUAAUUUCUGUUAUGUGUUUUCUGAUGCUCGGUUUUGCCCUGAUUUGGAUUUACUCUGUUUUUGGAUUUUCCAAUAAAUGCUGCACUUGGAUCUGCUUGUUUUGGAGUGUUCCGUGAUAGAAUCAACCAGCCAUGUACAGAUCCAGCAGCAUUAGGGAGAGGACUCUAUUUCCGGAGAAGCAAGCUGGGCUUCAAGGGCUGGAGAAGCUUCGUCGGAGGGGAAUGGAGUUACGGACCUUUGUCCAAAGAUUCUGGACCGGGGCGGAGAGGCUGGGUGUUCAAGGUAUGGAUAUUUUUAAUCGUUGUCUAGAUGAAUCCCUAUUGCCGUGGGAGAUGGAACUGGUGAAGUGUCUAGACUUCUGGAGCUUCUCCAGAUAUUUGCAGCUCCGGAAGGAGGGUAAAGUUAAUCACCAUAACCAGAGUCCUUCUGCAGGGACCGUCCCACCCAUACCUCACUCAUCUAAUCAAGCCCAGAACCAGUCAUCUAUUCCCAUACUUAAGCGGAGGAAGAGAAGGAGGAGGGCAGCAAAGUCUACUUCGGUGAUCUCAAGUCAGGUGGUCCUGGAGGAGCCGACUCUGGUGGUCUCGAAUCCGGUGGUCCUGGAGGAGCCAACUCUGGUGGUCUCGAAUCCGGUGGUGCUGGAGGACCUGACUCUGAUGGUCUCGAGUCAGGUGGUCCUGGAGGACCCGACUCUGGUGGUCUCAAGUCCGGUGGUCCUGGAGGACCCGACCCUGGUGGUCCCAGAAGUUACUGAACAGUCCACUCUUUCUGUCUCUCCCAGGAUCCUUGACCUGCCGGCCCCACCUAAGCUCUCUGUUUUGCCGGUCCCAUGUAAGCUUCCGGCUUUGUUGGCCCAGGAGCCUGCUUCAGAGUCCACUCCAGAACCCGCUCCAGUCUGAACCCUCAGAGUCCACUCUAGAAUCCACUCCAGUCCAGGAACCUUCAGAAUCCAAUCCAGAGCCCGCUCCAGUCCUACUAUCUGAGCUGCUAGGAGGUUAAUCGGCCCUGUUAGUUCAGUUGAGGUGGUCAUCAGCUCCGCCUUUGCGGUCUGCCAAGCUCCUGGUUCUGCCCUGGUCGCCUGCCGGGGUUGUUGUUCGUCCAGAGCCUCGCUGGUCUGUCCCUCUGGCUCCCCCCGGCCACCUGCUCUGCCGGCCCCGCCUUGGC